AUGGCCUCGCGUGAAUCUCCCGUUGUUCCCGAAUCCGUCAAUUCACUCGCCAAUGCGUAUGCGCUUCCAUCGCUGAAGAAGCGCAAGACAUGGCAUCCUCCUGCUAAAAAUCUGGGGUCUUCGUCGAUCGUCAUCCGUGCCCCUGCGACAUCACUAUCCGACGACCGCUACAUUCUCGACCCGAUCACCCUCCUCCCCCGCUCCAGAGUCCCAUUCUCCUGGCUCGAUCCUUCAUCUUCUACACUAUGGCCCGUCCCCUCCGGUAGUCUGUUUGUGGCGGAUGCCCCCAUCCUCGAGAACGAGUUGCGCGAACGAGUCGAGCCUACCGUACUGGCGGUGCGAUCUACGGCUGACGGAGGUCUAUAUGUCGUCGAGCGAGUGAAGAAGGGGAUCUAUGCGGUUUCGCGAUUAGGCCCUUGGGUUCAGGAGGGCGAUAUCUUCGUUGCUGUUAAGGGAUGGAGCGCUUCUGCUGCUAUCGCUGAUGAGCAGACGGCGCGAUGCCAGUCACCUGUUGCGGAUGGGACCGUUGAGUGGUGGGAAGUGGCGCGGGUUGAGGAGCCUCUCGUGGAUGUCGAUUCGCUUUCUGGGAAAGGGGCGAGACUCGAUAUUUGCGACGCAUUUUUAGACCAGGAGGAGGAUAAUGUGUUACCUGUGGAAUCUGUGGAGAGCCAAACCGCUUCGAUCGCUGCCCCCAAUCUCGAAAGGAGCUCGAGCACCGGUGCUCGCAUGCCGAGUAUCGCCAUGAAUGAUACCCAGGAGCAGCUCGACGCGAUGGUACCAACGGGUGUCGAUGACCAGCAAUCACCCCAAGAGCUACUGGAUGGCUUGAGGGAUCAGUAUUUGCAGGCUCUCUACAUCUCCAAGACAUCUUUGGCAUAUUUUGCCAAAGGUCCACAGACACGUUGUCGCAAUGCGUUCCAAUCUACUGAGCCCGACUCUCCCAAGACGCCCGUUGGUUUGGUCAGCUUCUACCGAGAAGCUAUACUCCCCGCGAAGAAGAUGGAUUUCAAAUAUAAAGAAACGAUACCGGCGACAGUCCGCGACGUCAUUUUCAGUGUUUCUGACGACGACACGGCCCAGACAAAAAAGCGCAAGAGCCGAAAGAAGAAGAAGCUGGGGAAGAAUGGACUUUACCCUGAUGAAGAGGAUUUCAUUCGAGCAUGGUGGAAGGACAGGAGCUUGUCGGAGAAUGGUGUCGCGAUUGAGACCUCGCGAGAAGCAGGGAUGAAGAAGCAUGUGGCUGAUUUACGACUGCGCGAGACUCAACUGCAGAUACUUCUUAUACUGGAGACUAUGGCUCUGGAGUCGGCUCUCCCUGACGGUAGGAAGCAAGACGGUGGAAACGGAGAAGACUCACCAGACGAGAAGUCAAAGAAAUCCAAGAGCAAGAAAUUACAAGAUCUGAAUGUGGUGCUUGAACUGCAUCUUGAUCGACUAUGCAUCUGGCACGCCGUCAGCUUUGACGAUAUCGCUAUUCCCGAAUCGAUCAAGGAUACGGAAAAAAAACACCUGUCUGGAAAGAAGGCCGAGAGUGACGCUGUGCGAGACUUUUGUACAGAAGUUAUCGUUCCAUUCUAUGCGUCGCGCCUCCCGGACAAAUGCAAGCUGAUCACACGCAAAUUUGGCGUCUCCAGCUCCACAACCCCUGUGAAACAAUCCCAAGCGAAGAAGACACCGCGACGGGAAUCCGAGUCCGCAGCUAAACGACAGCUACAACAACAGCAACAGCAACAUCUGAAACAUCUGAAACCCCGUCGUUCAUUGCAACGCGUAUUGACCGACGAGAAAUCAGCCACCUCUCAAGGACGACACCCCCUCCAGCGGUCCAAGACGGCACCAUCUAAGCCAGACAGCAGACGGGAAUCCAUGGAACCAUUACUACCAAUGGCCAGCGCGAACGUUCGGGGCGGUAUACAAAAGGCCAAGCGAGUGGAAAACCGCGAAGUGGACCUCAACGCCCAAGCAAGGCAGCACGAAACGAAGCUAAAGAAGGUGCAAUUGCUGGCAGACCAGAAGAAAGAACUGGACGCGGCGAUCAAUGCAUUGCGGCGGCCCAAUCGCGAAUUGGUUGCCAAGGAUAUUGCCGAAGACGCGGACAAAAGGACAACGUCUGGUAGCGGUGGCAGUUCACGCAAACAGAAGAAUCCCGUCCGGAAUCCGUUAGGGCAAGGCGUGCAGGUCAUGGCUACGCCCAAAGGGAGUCGGAAGAGGGAUGCUACUUUCGACUUACCACCACCCCCGCUUCCCAUUAACAUGGUGCGGUCAUUCCCUGGACAUUCGAACGAACGCUCACCUCCACCCGACGAGAGUGAUGCGCAAAUGGUCCCUGGCUCCACGGUCCGUCCUAAUUCGUUCUCGACAGCGUCUGGCAGAGACAUGGGUGCUGUUCAGGAAACGCCUACCCGCCGUCCGACCAAGCCAUUCGAAUCUCCUUGUUUUUCCAAAUCCAAGAGCACAACUUAUACAUCCAACACCCUCUUCCGGGUCCCUAAUUGUCCAUCUUCGACCCAGCCAACAGAAUUGGCACCCUCGACACCCGUCUCGUCACGACGUAUCCCAAUCGCGCAGCCACAAUUCAAUUCCUCCAUUGCAGAGACACCUCCUAGGAUACAGCAACAAACCACUGUUCCCAUUCCAACUCCUACUAUUGCUGAGCCUGCUGCUGCACGGCCGACUGCUGUCCUGAGCACACCGGUAAAGAAGGGCAGUGUCCAGGAAACACCGGUUAAGAAGAACUUCCUUGCUCCUGGCGAUUCGUCCACAGUACCUGUGACGCCGGAGAAAUCGAUCUAUGAGCAAUUGGGGUGGAGUGAGGAGGAGGAUCUUGGGUUUUAA